AUGACCUACCCUCUCCUAUUGGUCUAUAUCACCCUAACUGCUAGUUCCAGAAGACCGGGCACGGGGGCCUCAGGGCUACCCCACUACCCGCCAACCCCAUUCUCCUUCCACCAGAAACCAGACUUCCCAGCGACAGCCUCAGCUGCCUACCCCGACUUCUCGGCCUCUUGCCUGGCGGCCACCCCACACAGCCUACCCCAAGAGGAGCGCCUCUUCACUGAGCAGCACCCCGCCUUCCCGCAGCCUCCUGACUGGCACUUCCCUGUCUCCGAGGCCCGGCAGAGGCUCAACCUGGGCCCAGCUGGAGGCUCCAGGGAGAUGGGAGCCAGCAGCCCAGGCCUGGUAGACACCAUGGGAGGCCCAGGCGAGGACUACGGGGUGCUUGGGAGCACGGCCAGUGAGACGGAGAAGAAAUCAUCCAGACGGAAAAAGGAGAGUUCAGACAAUCAAGAGAACCGAGGGAAACCAGAAGGCAGCAGCAAGGCCCGGAAGGAGAGGACAGCCUUCACCAAGGAGCAGCUUCGGGAGCUGGAGGCUGAGUUCGCUCACCAUAACUACCUGACCCGGCUCCGCAGAUAUGAGAUCGCGGUAAACCUGGACCUCUCUGAACGACAGGUGAAAGUGUGGUUCCAGAACCGAAGGAUGAAGUGGAAGCGUGUGAAAGGGGGUCAGCCUGUCUCUCCCCAUGGGCAGGACCCUGAGGAUGGGGACUCUGCAGCCUCUCCAAGUUCAGAGUGAGGUUCUCCAUGGAGAAAAUAAAGACUAAGGACUGAGCCCCUCCCCAACUGCCCCUUCCCUGUCCCACCUUCACCUUUCCCCCUCUGCCCCACAGUUGCCUCUCCAUACCUUUCACUGACUCAGAAACGAAGCUGCCCAGGAUGCCCCGGCGCUUUGAGUUUCCCAGAAAGUGCUGUCCACAUUGCUGGCUUAGCAGCCCCUCCCCAGGGCCCUUUGCUUCCCACACUCUCGUGGAAUCAUCCAGCGCCAACUGAACUGAAUGAGUCUGGAAAGAGCUCCAGGGAUGCUGCUUCUCAGGGUCUCUUGGCCGUCACCCACACCUCCUCCUGCCACCUUCCUCCUGCUCGGCCAGGCCUCCUCCAGUUCUGGACACCACCUGGCCUGCAGGGAAAGAAACCUUGGAACCAGCUGGUGACUCAUAAAAGCAAAUGCUCCAAAAGAAAGGAAAUGAUGGAGACACACACACAUCCUGGCCCACCUUCCCAUUUUCCUCUCUGAGCUCUACAUCUGAGGCUUUGGGGGUUGUUAGUUGUCCCCAAACCCCAAGGGAAACCAGCACGAGGAGGGCUAAAGACAGCAACCCAGGGACUGCACAUCAGUAACCUGUCCCUGUCUCCAAAUGUGUUGGCUGUUGAGUGAGCAAAUUUAUGAGCAUUGACUGAAAGAAGGCAGAAAAAUAGCCUGGUAUAGGUCCUUAUGUCCCUGUUCAGGCAGGUUUGAUUGGGUGACUGAGAACAAACCCAGGACAGCACCUGCUGCUCAGCUCAAUGCAGGAAUACAGAGCUGAGGCUCCCGAGCAAAGGUCCCGGGAAGUGCAGCAGCGAUUCCUUUUCAAUCCACAAUUUCCAGAUUGAAAACCUCUCCAGAUGCUGAUACUAUUGAGAGCUGGACAGUGGCCCCUAUGUCCCAGGGAUGGAGUGAAAACAUGAGGGCUGCUGGGUGAGGACCUAUCAAUGUGGAACUCUGGAGUGGAAGGUUCCCUGGCUGCAGCAUCUUGUGCUCUCAAAGGGCUGACUGCAAACAGGACAAGGAGACAACCUCUUUUUCCAUGGGAUGCAAUUAAGUCCCUCUUGUGUGUCCCACAAAUGCCAUAACUUUGGGAAGAAUGGCUAGGUUCAUGUGUGGGCACUGCUCGGACCUCAGUCACAUCUUCUGGGGAUGCCACUUUGAGGAUUGAUGGCCAAGCAGCCCGAGGCGACUGCAGCCUUGGAAAAAGAACACCCCCCCCAACCCCGCCCCUUGAUUGGUGCUUAGUCUCUGGAUCUCAGCUGGUAUUAUAGAAGAAGGUCAGAAAGAAUUUGGAAUUUGGAUUUCUGUGUGUAGAUUUAAUCAUU